AUGGAAGCGGCACGACGCGAUCGAAAAGGCGUCGAUGAUAUCCGCCAAAUCGCACGGCAGCAGGUCGACCUAACGAAUAGUUUCUACAGGUUGAUUCCAAUAGCCGGGUGUGAGGUGGGCGCUCUGAGUGUGCUCGAUGCCGAUCACAAUAUCGGAGCAUUCGAAGAAGUCAUCGAAAUUCUUCUUGGCUUCGAGAUUACUGGACGAAUUUUGACGGCAGCGGCUGAGAUGCGCUCUUCAAUUGAUCCCUACUUUUACAUCAUGAAUGCCGUCGAAUGUGAGCUGACUUCAAUGGAUUCAGAAGAUUUAAUGUCGCAACGCAUUUUACAAUACAUCUACAAUUCUUCACCGUCUUGUCGUGUUCGUGCCGUAUUCAGUGUGAAAAGCAAAGAGGCCACUCAAUUGUUCAACGAAAACGCAUUGAGAAAGGAAAACCAUCGGUACUUGUGGCACGGAACGAAGCCAGAGAAUCUCAUCGGUAUUCUCAAAUUGGGUCUUCUGGCGGCACCAGCCAGUGCUCUGCAGACCGGUCAAUCAUUUGGAAAGGGAAUUUAUUUUGCUGAUUUAUUCACCAAAAGUGAAUCGUAUUGUACGCCAUCAGCCGCUGGACUUAAAUACGCAUUGCUGUGUCAGGUUGCAUUAGGCAAAGUUGACGAUAGUCGUGUAUCUGCGGGAAGACAGAUACAGUCCAGUUCUGGCCAAAGAUAUAAGAAUAGGUCAUGCAUUGAGAAAAGCGGUUACGAUACGCUGAAAGUGUGUGGAUUGGAAGUCCCGGAUCCAGCUUUCGAUAUCACCACCGAGAAUGGUGUUUCAAUGUCUUUGGGUCCAACAAAAACAUACAAUAGAAAUGAAUUCCAGAAGGAGUUCGGCUUUUACACGUAUAUGCAGCAGAAUGAAUAUAUCGUUAAGAAUAAAUCAAUGACAAAUGUGAAAUAUAUUGUUGCAUUCCAAUAA